AGCUUUAGGACGCACGGAAUUUCCUUGAGACUUGCGCGGAAAAUCCUGGAAGAUGAUGUUGCUUUUAGCGAUUGUGGAAAUGGAAAUCUGAGCGUGGUGACAUCAAGAAAAUGCGGCAGGAUGAACAUUCAAGUGUGAGGUUUCUCUUUCAAGCGACUGAGGAAAAUAACGAGAGAGUUGAUUUUGACCCCAGAGAAACCUGAUGAAUAUCGUGGGAGACGCGCAUCACGCCUACUGAUAUUGGUGGAGAGGUAAAGCACACAGACACCAGCACUACCUCCUUCAACAUGGAUGGCUACUACAAUUGGACGUCAAUAUCUGACAACGUCACCUUGCCUUCCUCCAAGCCCUACCCAAGCUACCCCAGCCACAAAAAUAACUCAGACUCGCCCGAACCAAUGUCCUUCAACGUGGGCACUGCAGUUGUCUACAGCAUCGUCUUUAUUGUGGGUCUUCUGGGUAAUACUCUUGUUAUCUAUGUGGUGGUUCGCUACACCAAGAUGAAGACUAUAACCAACAUGUACAUCCUCAAUCUAGCCUUGGCGGAUGAACUCUACAUCCUGGGAAUUCCUUUCCUAGGCACCAGUAGUGUGCUUUCCUACUGGCCUUACGGAGAUUUCUUCUGCAAGGUGUACAUGACUGCUGAUACCAUGUGCCAGUUCUCCUCCACCUUUUGCCUGACGGUGAUGAGCAUCGAUCGCUACAUGGCUGUGGUUCAUCCUGGUCGCAGUGCCAAUUGGCGGAAGCCCCAGGUGGCCAAGACUUUAAAUGGCAUGGUGUGGGUUGUGUCCUUUGUGGUCGUGCUGCCCGUCACGAUCUACUCACAUGUACAGGAGGAGUUCAACACCUGCAACAUUACCUGGCCUGAGCCGCACGAGUUGUGGGCCAUUGCCUUCAUCCUGUACACAUCCAUCCUUGGCUUCUUUGGUCCUCUGGUUGUCAUCUGCCUCUGCUACCUGCUCAUUGUCAUCAAGGUGAGGUCAGCGGGUGUGCGUGCAGGCCGGACCAGGUGGCGUAGAUCAGAGCGGAAGGUGACACGCAUGGUGGUGAUCAUCGUAUUGGUGUUCGUACUUUGUUGGCUGCCCUUUUUCACUACCAACAUGGUCAACCUGAUUCAUAUCAUCCCUGAGAGCAAUACCAAUGCUGCCAUCUACUUCUUCCUGGUCAUCCUCACCUAUGUUAACUCCUGCGCCAACCCAAUCCUCUACGGCUUCCUAUCUGACAACUUCAGGCAGAGUUUCAAGAAGGUGCUCUGCAACCAGAAGCCAAACACUGCUGGGAACGCAGGCCAGAUGAGAGGUAGACCGACUUCCCCCAAGGAAAACCACAAUCCUGUUUCCUCGCGAGAAAAUCACACACAGAAUGGAAACGUGCAGAGCAUUCAGCCUGUCCAAAUGCCGGUUAAUGAGGACCUUGACAAUCACCCUUUUACUACAAAAACAGAGCUGAAUGGCCAACAAUUGCUUUGAGUUUUCAAGCAAGGUGACCGUGAUCUAGUCUGCUACAAAAUGGGACGUGGGACUGUUCACUCCCAGACAAUUUUUUGAUAGGUAUUUCCUGUCUUUAUUGCUGAUACUCCCUAUCUGACAGGGACUUUUGUAGAGAAGACCAGAGUGAGCAAAUAACCCUCAUUACUGAUUUGUGUUUGUUCUCUAUGUCUUUGAACUGUAUUUAGGAUAGCUGCAGUGUACAAGGCUAUGUAAAGAUGCAACAUCUCAAAAUGAAACAAAACACGUUUCAAAAGCUUUACACUCUCAAACAGCUGUUUUUAGCUUAACUGCAUAGAAAAAAAUACAGGAGGCAUUUUUCUCCAAUUUAUUUUUCACAUUUGAUCAUAUUAUAGUAAGAAGCCUUGUUAAAUGUACUGCUGGUGCUUUUUGCUAUUGAUGCAAUCACUGUACUGUAUACCUGUUAUCUUGAUGAAAACUGUAUAAUGUACAUUAGCCAGCACUUGAAACACCAGUGUGUGCAGGUGGACAGUUGGGCAGGUAGACGGGCAGGUAGGCCGUCCAAUCACUUCUUGCAGGCCAAAUGAAUUGAUUGGACAGGCUUUUUCCAGGCCUGCAAAAACUUCAGUUAACGUUUGUAGUUUUUUUUUUAAAUUUAUUUAUUGAUAAUUGUUGGAAAGUAGAGAAUUUCAACAAAAACAACUAUUUGCAUAUACCCUAGCUUUAACAUUCAGGGAAGAAUCUUGGAAAUAUUUGUUUCGUAAACACAUUUUGUUUCUUGUAAAACGCAACUAUUCCAGCAGAAAGUGGUUGAUUGAUCCUUUCAUCUAACAGUCAACAAUAAAUGAUACAGCUGUACUUCCCCAAAUAUUAAUCUGCUUUUUUAAAAGGAGAAUCUCUGAUAUUUGGUGCUGCGAUACAUUAUGCUGAAUUUAUCAUGUGAGCCAUUAUAGUACAGAUCAUUUCACCUUGUUUUUUUGUUUUUUUUACCGGGAGUUACGGUAAUAUUAAAAUUCCGCAGUUGUUCUCUUUCUUACAGUAAACUUGUGCUGCUUUAAGUAGAUUGAGCACUGCUCUUUUGGUUAGUUGUAAAGCUUGUUAAAACAUUUGUCGUAACCAUUACAAUUAUAUUUUUCCUGGCUUGUUAGAUAGGGCUUUUUUGUGACAUUUUAACAUCAAUGUAACUAAUCUAUGAACAUUCCUUGAAGUAGCUCAGCAAAGUAUUGUACAUAUACGUCUAUCUCUUCUAUCUUAUAUUUCUAAAACAGAAUCUGCUGGAGCAGAUGUCAUGGAGAAGUAAAGUGAGCAUUUAGCUCCUGGACUUUGAGCUUUCAUAUUGUAUGCCAACCUUAUUGGGAAAUUGCUGUGGCAAAUGUUAACGUAAGCCAAGCAAAACCAUGCUAACAAUGUUUGUGGUGUGUUUGAGUUCAGCAAGAAGGACCUGUGGAAAAAUGGAUACCUUGAAGGAUACAUUGUUUGUGUCUGAAAAACACUGAAUUAAAACCAAAAUAAGAUUAUAGGCCACUUUAGUUGUGGAGUUUUGAGUUCUACAUCCUUAAACAAAUAAAAGAUC